AGAAGCCCCGCUGGUGACUGGCUGGCGGGACACGCAGCUCUGAGGACGCGAAGGGUGGCUGAGCCGAGCCUCGGGGCGGGCGCCUGCUAAGGGGGGAGAGACUGCGGCGGCGGGAGGGGACCGACACACACACACACACACACACACACACACACACACACAAGACGCAGAGACGGAUGACAGCGGCGGCCGCGGCUGUUACGAUGUGAGGCGGGCUGCGAGGGGGGACGCGGAGGCUCCGUGGAGAGGAGAGGCAGCCCGCACAUCCCCGGCGGCGGGAGGGGCGGCCGGGGCGGGGCCGGCCGGGCCCGGGGAGAGCCGUGCGCCUCGGCGGGCAGGGCGCGGGGCGGCCGCGGGCGGCGCGUCUGGGACCGGCGGCGUUGGUGGGCUGACCGGCUCGUGUUUGCUUGGCUCCAGUCUCCCACCCCGAGGGCCCCGAUGAGGAGCGCCCCUGCGCUGUCGGACUGACGCCUCGCCGCCCUCCCCGCGGACGAGGAGCGCUGCCCCGCGGCGGAGAGCGCGGCGCCCCUGCUCGUGGGCCGCCCCUGCACCGCCCACCCCGGCGGGGGCUCGUCUGCCGCCUGCGGGGCAGGCGGCGCGGCGCGGCGGGCGGCGGUGACAGCGCGGCGGCGGCGAGGCCGGAGGAGCGCCGCCGCCGAAGACCAUGAGGAAAUUUAACAUCAGGAAGGUGCUGGACGGCCUGACGGCGGUCUCCUCCGUCGCCUCGGCGUCGUCCGCCGCGCAGCAGCAGCAGGCGGGGAACCGGGAGACCGAAAUCCAGGAGACGCUCCAGUCCGAGCACUUCCAGCUCUGCAAGACUGUACGCCAUGGUUUCCCGUAUCAACCUUCAGCCUUGGCAUUUGAUCCUGUUCAGAAAAUACUGGCCAUUGGGACUCAGACUGGAGCACUAAGGCUCUUUGGUCGACCAGGAGUUGAAUGCUACUGCCAACAUGACAGUGGAGCUGCAGUAAUCCAGCUUCAGUUCCUGAUUAAUGAGGGAGCUCUUGUGAGUGCCUUGGCUGAUGAUACCUUACACCUGUGGAACUUACGUCAGAAGAGACCUGCUAUACUUCAUUCACUCAAAUUUAACCGAGAACGGAUAACGUUUUGUCAUCUGCCUUUCCAAAGUAAAUGGCUAUAUGUGGGCACUGAAAGAGGAAACAUUCACAUUGUCAAUGUGGAAUCAUUUACUCUCUCAGGCUAUGUCAUCAUGUGGAAUAAAGCCAUUGAACUGUCAUCCAAAUCUCACCCAGGACCUAUUGUCCACAUUAGUGACAAUCCCAUGGAUGAAGGAAAGCUUCUGAUUGGCUUUGAGUCUGGAACAGUGGUAUUAUGGGAUCUGAAGUCAAAGAAGGCAGAUUACAGAUACACACAUGAUGAGGCUAUCCACUCGGUGGCUUGGCAUCAUGAAGGAAAACAAUUUAUUUGUAGUCACUCAGAUGGUACCUUGACCAUAUGGAAUGUAAAAUCUCCUACCAAACCAUUCCAGACAAUCACUCCGCAUGGAAAACAGCUGAAGGAUGGAAAGAAGCCAGAACCCUGCAAACCUAUCCUUAAGGUGGAAUAUAAAACAACUAGAGCUGGGGAGCCUUUCAUCAUUCUCUCAGGAGGCUUGUCCUAUGACACUGUAGGAAGAAGACCCUGUUUAACAGUUAUGCAUGGAAAAAGUACUGCUGUGCUAGAAAUGGAUUAUUCUAUUGUUGAUUUUCUAACACUCUGUGAAACGCCGUAUCCUAAUGACUUUCAGGAACCAUAUGCUGUAGUUGUUCUCCUAGAAAAGGACUUAGUACUGAUUGACCUUGCACAAAAUGGGUACCCUAUAUUUGAGAAUCCCUAUCCUUUGACUAUACAUGAAUCUCCAGUUACCUGUUGUGAAUACUUUGCUGAUUGUCCUGUGGACCUCAUACCUGCACUCUAUUCAGUUGGCGCUCGACAGAAACGUCAAGGUUAUAGUAAGAAGGAAUGGCCUAUCAGUGGAGGCAACUGGGGUUUGAUCACUCAGAGCUAUCCAGAGAUAAUUAUUACAGGGCAUGCUGAUGGGUCAAUCAAGUUUUGGGAUGCCUCAGCAAUAACGCUGCAAGUACUCUAUAAGCUAAAAACAGCCAAAGUAUUUGAAAAAUCAAGGAAUAAAGAUGACAGGCCAAACACGGAUAUAGUAGAUGAAGAUCCAUAUGCUAUUCAGAUCAUCUCAUGGUGUCCAGAAAGCAGAAUGCUGUGUAUAGCUGGAGUUUCUGCACAUGUCAUUAUUUACAGGUUCAGCAAGCAGGAAGUCACAACGGAAGUCAUUCCGAUGCUGGAAGUACGUCUGUUGUAUGAAAUAAAUGAUGUUGAAUCUCCAGAUGGUGAGCAGGUGCCACCUUUACCAACUCCAGGCACAGGUUCCAAUCCUCAGUCCAUUGUUCCCCAGUCUCAUCCAUCUACUAGUAGCAGUUCAUCUGAUGGACUUCGUGAUAAUGUCCCAUGUUUAAAAGUUAAAAAUUCUCCUCUCAAGCAGUCUCCAGGCUACCAAACUGAGCUAGUUAUCCAGCUAGUGUGGGUGAGUGGAGAACCUCCUCAGCAGAUAACCAGCUUAGCAGUCAACUCAGCGUAUGGCCUAGUAGUUUUUGGAAACUGUAACGGUAUUGCCAUGGUUGAUUAUCUCCAGAAGACAGUGCUCUUGAAUCUAGGCACUGUUGAACUGUAUGGCUCCAAUGAUCCUUAUCGCAGGGAGCCACGAUCUCCCCGAAAAACUCGGCAGCCAUCUGGAGCAGGUCUUUGUGAUAUUAAUGAAGGUGCCGUGGUACCAGAAGAUCGCUGCAAAUCACCCACUUCAGGUUCUGGUUCACCAAGCAAUUCUGAUGAUGAUCAAAAAAUGAAUAAUUUUAUAGAAAAGGUGAAGACCAAAAGCAGAAAGAUUUCCAAGAUGGUAGCCAAUGACAUAGCAAAGAUGUCCAGGAAGCUAAGUUUGCCAACUGAGUUAAAGCCUGAUUUAGAUGUGAAAGACAACUCUUUCAGUCGAUCCCGGAGUUCUAGUGUAACUAGCAUUGAUAAAGAGACACGUGAGGCAAUUUCAGCUCUUCAUUUUUGUGAGACUUUCACAAGAAAGGCUGAUACAUCACCUUCCCCAUCCCUGUGGGUUGGGACCACACUGGGUACAGUACUUGUCAUUGUCCUGAACUUACCCCCAGGAGGAGAGCAAAGACUUCUUCAGCCAGUUAUUGUUUCUCCUAGUGGAACCAUCCUGAGGCUAAAAGGGGCAAUCUUGAGAAUGGCUUUUCUGGAUACCACAGGAUCUCUGGUCCCACCAGCACAUGAACCGUGGAGAGAACACAAUGUUCCUGAAGAUAAAGAUGAAAAAGAUAAAUCAAAAAAGCGACGACCUGUCUCAGUGUCCCCCUCUUCCUCUCAGGAAAUCAGUGAAAACCAAUAUGCAGUGAUAUGUUCGGAAAAGCAAGCAAAAGUUAUCUCACUGCCAUCCCAGAACUGUAUUUAUAAGCAAAACAUAACAGAGACUUCUUUUGUUCUUCGUGGAGAUAUAGUGUCAUUGAGUAACAGUAUCUGCCUUGCAUGUUUCUGUGCCAAUGGACAUAUUAUGACUUUUAGUUUGCCAAGUUUAAGGCCAUUACUGGAUGUAUAUUACCUGCCACUCACCAAUAUGCGGAUAGCCAGAACAUUCUGCUUCACCAAUAAUGGACAAGCACUCUAUCUUGUCUCACCGACUGAAAUACAGAGGCUCACCUACAGUCAAGAAACAUGUGAAAAUCUUCAGGAAAUGUUGGGCGAGCUCUUCACUCCUGUAGAAACACCAGAAGCACCCAACAGAGGAUUCUUUAAAGGCCUGUUUGGAGGUGGUGCACAAUCACUUGACAGAGAAGAACUCUUUGGAGAGUCAGCAUCUGGGAAGGCAUCAAGAAGUCUCGCCCAGCAUAUUCCAGGGCCUGGGGGUAUUGAAGGCGUCAAAGGAGCAGCAUCUGGUGUAGUUGGAGAACUAGCGCGAGCCCGGUUGGCACUAGAUGAAAGAGGACAGAAACUAGGAGAACUGGAAGAAAAAACUGCAGCUAUGCUUUACAGUGCUGAUUCUUUCUCUAAACAUGCUCAUGAGAUGAUGUUGAAGUACAAAGACAAGAAGUGGUACCAAUUCUGAUGAUGCUCAUCAAUUACAUCUAUUUAAUUUUGUCCCAAUGAAAAAAUCUUCGGUUUUCAUUAAUUUUGGCAGGACCAUUGAAAUUUAAAGGAGUAUUCACCAUUGGAUACUGUUGUUUCCUAGCACAAAUCACACACUGUUUUACCUCAGUCAUGGCUUUAGCUGAGGAGCUUUAUAUUUAAAAGAAACACACACACAAAAAAAACCUCGAGUGUUUCUUAGCUGUUGGUUAGCUGAGAGUUGGAACAGAGGAGGUUACUAGAAUAUGUGGAAAAGAGGGUAAAGGGAAAACGUGGUGUGAGAUGGGCAGGGGCAAUGCAGGGUCAAUCCUGUGUUAAUAUUUUAUAUGCCAAAAGUUUUUGUGCUACUGUAAUUGCUGCCAGUGUUAUACCCUCCUGUGAGGAGAGGCAAUAAAUCAGGGGUCCAAGAGCUGGAAUAAAGUCGUUUGUCUUGCUGGAUGGUAGCUGACUGACUUACCCUCUCUAGGACUCAACUUUAUUUACCAUUACUGUUGAAGAAGAGUUGAAGUUUGCUCUCACUUCUUUCAUCGGAAAAGCUGGAAGUUUGGAAGAUUUCAUGUUGAAAAUUGUAUACAUAGUUGACUUGUGCAUAGUCUUUUCUUGGACCCCUGAUCUAGUAUUCUUGUAUUCACAUCAUAUUCUGUGGAGUACAAAACAAGAGAAUACACAGUUUUUGCAUUAAAAAAGUCAAGUGAAUAAUAUGACUGAAAUGUGUCAUGCUGGGAAUUUUCAUUUGUGUGAUGGCCGUGCAAUGUGAAAUGUGGUAACAUCUUCAUUGUGGUAAGAAUACUUUAACUUCAGUUAAAUAUUAUUUUUUGCCAAAAAUAGUUAUUGGUUCUGUUUGUAUAACAUUUAGAAUUGGCUGUGGGUUCCAUUCAUGCUGUGAAUUUUUAUAAAUGUUUAAAAGAAUGUACCUUUACAGCCAUUAAUGGAAAUAGCUGAGAUAGUUUUGCUCAAAAUUAAGUUCUAGAUGCCCCUUUAGUCCUUUACUAUGGUAUCGGAUAAUCAUGGACUCAGGUUUUCAAACAGUUUCACACUCUGUGGAGGUGCUGAUGCAUGAGUAAUGGCAAGCAUCUAAUAUUUAAUAGUUGUCAGUAUAUUGUUCAGCAAAUUUCUAAAUCCUGCUAGUAAGUUUACAAGUACCUAUCUCAGCCCCACGCAGCGCUAAAGGCAGUUGGCCUGAAGUUUUGGUUUAGUCUCUAAAGCAGUGUUUUCAGUAGCGUGGGCAGUGGUAAGUGUCCACUAAAACUUCAGGAAUGGGUGAAACGAUGCUCACUUUGGGUGAGGUAAAUAAUACAGCUGAGCUAACUUGUUAAUGGCUGCUGCACUAGAGCUGUAACAGUGGGAAUGACCAGAGCUCUUUGAAAAAGAGAGAAUUCCUUAAAAUGUUUGCAUUUAAAAAAAUAAUUUAGACUUUUUUCCACAAAGUGGGAAUAGUUAGUGACUGGUCUUGUUUUAUAAAAGGGAGUAUUUAGAGCCUGAAAUAUCUACAUUGUCUGAAAUUAAUAAUUCACGUUUUUUCCUCCAAGCACCACAUUCUGCGUAAGUUUUUUCGCACACUUUCUGAAUCUUCCCAGAGCAAAACCUCAGUUGUAUUUGUAUUGUAAAAUGAUGUUGCAGGUACAUAGGCAACCUUACAAAACGCUUAAAUUAUGUGAAAUACUGAAGUUACUGAUAGUUCUUGAUUCCUUUUUCAAAUGAAAGGCAAGUAUGUUUGGACUUCAUAGCACAAAUUGAUACUUUCUCUGAUUUUAUGUAUAACAUUUAAUUUAAAAAGACAAGCGAAUUCUCUUGCCAGUAGGAGGGCAUGCCGUACCAUGCCCACUGUGCAAAGAACUUAAAUGAGGAUGUGACAAUUUGAACAAGCAACAUUAUGAUUUCCUGAUGACUCUGUCCCAUACCUACUGAGGCAAUAUUAAUUCCAGUUACUUAACUCAGCUUGUCACACAAUUUUUGCCUCUGCAUGUUAAUUGAUUUAUUUUUCAGUGUCUAAUGCAUAUUUAAGUUCACACCAUUUUGUUAAAAAUCCAGAAGAAAACUGGAUAGACUACUUCCCAUAACAUUUCAAAAAAUAAAAACACCCUAGCUGACACUUGUCACCUUAUCUCACAUUUAUAAAUUGAGAUAACUGAUUAUUUGACCUGGUGAAGAGGAGCUAUAUUUUAGAGCAACAGAAUCCUGUAAGAUUAUUCUAGCCAGGCUCUGGAGAAAGGACGGCAAAUGUUUGUUUCAGCAAAUUGUGGUAUCAGUGGAGUGGAAGAUUACCUUAGCUUGAAAGGAAAACGUACUUAACUUUUCCCCCCCCAAAAAAAACACAAGACAAUGAGAGACCAUCUGCCAGUACAAGAAGAGUAGUGGCUUACUUGGUGUUAUAGAGUUUAUCAUAGUUGAAUCUUUUUUGUGUUGCAUAUGUGAAGAGGGUGCUUCUAGAUUUGAAAACUAAUGAAAUGGUUGCUCAUGAGAUGAAUACAGAAAUGGUUCUUGUUCAACAGAAGGGGCUAUGUACAAUUUUAGUCUAAAAAGUUCCUUUUUCCUUCUCUGUGGAAGGGAGUUGAUCGUACAUACAUCAUUUCAUCUUCUGCUGUUGCUGGUGCACCUUUUGUACAGCAAAAUAUAUUGAAAUCCUUGUGGGGGGAGCACCCCUGAUUUUUUGCGAGUGUUUUAGUUGUGUGAAACUUUUUUAGAGUAUCUGGAAAACUAUUAUAAAGUACAAUUGAGCUAUUUCUUUUUUGUUUGGUUGUUUUUUUCAAUGGAUGUGUGAGAAACUGCUGCUGCCUAUCUGUUUAUAUGUAGUGUCUCUCUUUAGGAACUGUAAACUGAAGAUGCUUUUCUUCAUCUUAGUCCUGCCAAAUCGUAACUUUUGAAUGUUGACAUGUGUAAAUAUGUGUGUAUUCCAAAUAAGUCUGAAAGUGUUACACCACAGGCAUUUGCAGUGAUUUGUUCUUCAGCAAACAGUCAGUUAUAAAAUGUAGUAAUAUAUAGCUGUGUUUCUUGUCUGUCUUUAUGCAAAGAUUUUUGCCUGAGGUGGUACUUGCAUGGCAGGUGAUGUUAGAAAGCUCUGUCCAAAGGAGGAUUUUUGGAAGAAAGUUUGUAUCCUAUUUUGCCUUUGUUUUCCUUUUCUCUUUCUUUUUUUUUUUUUUUUUUUUUUUUUGCUUUAUUAAUGGCACUGAUGAUAUUACCUGAACUUUUAAACUUGAAUUUUUCCUGCACUUUAAUUCAAUCAUGGCAUUUUAUUCCUUAAUUUUGUUUCUAUAUUUGUGCAAAUCAGGUUCAUUGUUUGUAUAUAAACACACACAUUCAAUGAAGACUUUAGAACAGAUUACUUUCAGGCACAUUUGCUAAUUAUGUGACUAUCAUUUAGAAUGUGUGUUUUCUUAGCAAAAUAUGUAUAUACAAGUAUAUACAAUAUAGAAUCUAAUGAAAGGCACUUAUCCUGUGUAGACAUUCAGUUUAUAAAUUACUGCAACACUUUCAGAUUUGUUACUAGAUAAUACAAUGAAAUCUAUUUAUACAUACUGCUUAAGAAUAUACUUUUAGUUUUAAAUAAUUUUUAUAUGUACACUUCUACCUUUAAUUUUAAAAAUACUUAUGUUCAAUUUUUAAGUCAGAGUACUUAAAGUAUGUAUAUUAUCCAUAGAAGAAGUUGUUUUAAGCUUAUGAAUACAUUCAUAUCUCAUAUCGAGAUGAUACAAUUACUAAUCAAUGAAAACAAAUAGCCCAUCUUGCUUUACAGAAAAUAAUCAUACGUAUUUUUACCUCCCAUUCUGAACAUUGUCAAACAGUUCUCUUAGUAUGGAAAGGGAAGAUAACACAUUCAGAAAACUAACCAUAUUCAAAAGUUCUCUCAGUAGCUGCAGUCUUUGGCUGAAUGGUUUUCUGUGAUUUGGGAUUUUUUUUUUAGGUGUACACAUGAAAGGCUAUUUUUCAGCUCUAUUCCUUGGACUUUUAAAAUUCCCUAAAAUUGAAGUUUGUCCAAGAAGUAUUUUAAGUACAAAUCUUGAUUAUACAUCAGCUCUUUACAUGUAAUCAGGCUUUUUUUUUAAUACUGAAUGCACAUUGGAAAACUUACAGCCUGCGGCUGAUGUGUGCCCUGCUUUCUCAUGGGGGUUUGACAUAGCCAGGUGGGCACGGAGAGCAGCUGAUAUUGGGGGCAGAGGGGAGGAAGGAAUGCAAAGCUUUGCCUCCCUCUCUGACUUACAGGGUAACUUGUCGGUUGCACCUUUUCUUCAUUCCAGCCGAUUUCCUGUAAAGUUUAUGUGAAGCUUUUUGAGUGGGUGUUGAUAGCUUUGCUACUACUACAAAAUCUUCAAAUACUUUGUAGAUGGAAAUUAAUGGUGUUUGAGAGGAGGAAGCAAGCAAAGCAAAACAAAGGUUGUAUAGGAGAAUCAGCUAAACCAAUUUCAUUUCAGUUUUCUUAGAAAAGUUUAAUUAAGCUGGGCCAAUUUCUCCUUCUUACGCAUGUUAUAAAGUUGUGCUGGAUAUCAUCCAGUUUGUUACCGUUUCAAGCCAGAUGAGUGUACUGUGUUCCUGGGUUCUUCUGCACUUUAUAAAGUUGAGGCUUAAUGAUGUGGGUGUUCAUUAAAAAAAAAAUUUAAAGAAAGAGAGAAAUGAGACAAACGUAAAACAAUCAAAUGAAAGAUGUCAAUCAGUAUUCCUUUUAGUUUUUCAUGUAAAGCACCUGGAAAUGUUUGUCAUACAGCUGUAGGUUUCUUUGACACUCGUAUUUGAUUUUGUUAGUACCUAAGUUACAUAUUACCAGGCAAAUAAUAACUAGAAGUUAAACUGUUUCAGUUGAAAACAUAUAAGGAGUUGUAUGUGGAUUACCACUACCAUUCAGUAAUAGGUGAUGCAAAGGGAGAGGGGUGGGAACAUAUUUUAAAUAUUCCCUUUUAAAACAGAAUUGUAAAUAAGCAGUACUGUGUUAUUUUAGACCUGAGCUCUGCUAUCUGUAGUGGUUAGAACUAGGAAAACAUGCUGCUUUCUAGUUAUGCUACUGUUUCAUUGUACCAGCACCAUUGGGGGGAAAAAAAUCAGUAAAUUUUUCUAACAUUGCCCACUUGUGGGUAAGCAUGCUUGAUGUGUAGCAGUUCUCGUUUAUGUAUAUCUUAGUGUGUACAUGUGUCUUUUUUCUUUUUGUUCAUUGCAACUUAUUCUUCAGUUAAGUCUUGCUGAGCCCCACUAGCUCUUCUGAGGGUGAUUACUGGAAUAUGCAUUUUAGGUAGGGUUGCAAAUCCAUCUGUCUACAAAUAUAGUUUCAUAUGAACUGCGAACUGUACUGUUACAAACACAACUAUGUUAGAUUGCAUAGAGUUAUUUUACUUACAUGUACUUGAACUGAACUAUGUCAUCAUAACAAAGUUAAAAAAUUAAGUAUGGAAUAUUUUUGUAAAUAAAAAUACCUGUGCAGCUGGUAUUUUAAAUUUAAAAUGUAUUAUACAUUAAUGUUUCAGAAAAAAUGUUCAUAUAUGUGUAUAUGAAUGUGUCAUUAUGCUGAAGGGCUCUGAUUGGGCAAAAUAAACUAUUCAAAUCUCUCCUGA